ACGUGGGAGCUGCCGCUCGCACGGUCUGAGUUUCAUCGGAAACGAAAAGAGAUGGGGGGAUAUUCGAGGCCCUUCCCUUGACUCUGAACGGACCCCCAAGAAUGUGCGACCUUCACUCUAGCGACCCCUCCCGCGGGCCGCGGAUACCGCUCCCGGACAGGGCAUGGAGGUCGGACGGAGGAGGCGGCGCCGGAGGCCUCCCGCCCAGCUGCACGCGUCUCGGACAGGCGGCGCUGGGACCCCGGGACAGGGCGCCAGUCUGGCAGCUGGUGACAUGUAGACGUCCUCUCCGCGGUCCAGCCUCGGAACCUGGGCGCCCUCCUGCCCGGAAAGUUUGAGGCUGGGCGCCAUGGCCAAGAGCAGCUCCCUGAACGUCCGCGUGGUGGAGGGCCGGGCGCUGCCCGCCAAGGACGUGUCUGGGAGCAGUGACCCCUACUGCAUAGUGAAAGUGGACGACGAGGUGGUGGCCAGGACAGCAACCAUCUGGCGGAGCUUGAGCCCCUUCUGGGGGGAGGAGUACACCGUGCACCUGCCCCUGGACUUUCACCAGCUGGCCUUCUACGUGCUGGAUGAAGAUACAGUGGGGCACGACGACGUCAUCGGCAAGGUGUCGCUGAGCAGGGACGCGAUUGCCGCUGACCCUCGAGGAAUCGAUAGCUGGAUCAACCUGAGCCGCGUGGACCCGGAUGCAGAGGUACAGGGUGAGAUCUGCCUGGCCGUGCAGAUGCUGGAGGAUGCACUGGGCCGUUGUCUUCGCUGUCAUGUGCUCCAGGCCAGGGACCUGGCCCCCCGAGACAUCUCGGGCACGUCUGACCCCUUCGCGCGCGUGUUUUGGGGCAGCCAGAGCGUGGAGACGUCGACCAUCAAGAAGACCCGCUUCCCACGCUGGGACGAGGUGCUGGAGCUGCGGGCGGCACCGGGUGCCCCCUCCCCGCUGCGAGUGGAGCUCUGGGACUGGGACAUGGUGGGCAAGAACGACUUCCUGGGCAUGGUGGAGUUCCCCCCUCAGGUCCUGCAGCAGAAGCCCCCCAAUGGCUGGUUCCGCCUCCGGCCCUUUCCCAGAGCCGAGGAGGAUUCUGGGGGCAGCCUGGGCGCCCUGCGGCUGAAGGUGCGCCUCACGGAGGACCGCGUGCUGCCCUCCCGGUACUACCGGCCACUCUCGGAGCUGCUCGCCACGGCGGUGCUGGGGCCGGCAGAGGAGGAUGCUGCCAGCCCCCUGGCUGUGCUGGAGGAGCUGACCUCAGGGGACUGCCGCCAGGACCUUGCCACCAGGCUGGUGAAGCUGUUUCUGGGCCAGGGCCUGGCCGGGCCCUUUCUGGACUAUCUCACCCGGCGUGAGGUGGCGCGGACCACCGACCCCAACACCCUCUUCCGUUCCAACUCCCUGGCAUCUAAGUCAAUGGAACAGUUCAUGAAGCUCGUGGGCAUGCCCUACCUGCACGAGGUCCUGCAGCCGGUCAUCAGCCGCGUCUUUGAGGAGAAGAAGUACAUGGAGCUGGACCCCUGCAAGAUGGAGCUGGGCCGCACCAGGAGAAUCUCCUUCAAGGGCGCGCCCUCAGAGGAGCACGUGCGGGAGGCCAGCCUGGGGCUGCUCACGGGCUACCUGGGGGCCAUCGUGGACGCCAUCGUGGGCUCCGCGGGGCGCUGCCCGGCCGUCAUGCGCCUCGCCUUCAAGCAGCUGCACCAGCGCGUGGAGGAGCGCUUCCCGCAGACGGAGCACAAGGAUGUGAAGUACCUGGCCAUCAGCGGCUUUCUCUUCCUGCGAUUCUUCGCGCCUGCCAUCCUCACCCCGAAGCUGUUCGACCUCCGGGACCAGCACGCAGACCCCCAGACCAGCCGCUCGUUGCUGCUGCUUGCCAAGGCCGUGCAGAGCAUCGGGAACCUGGGCCAGCAGCUAGGCCAGGGCAAGGAAGUGUGGAUGGCCCCCCUGCACCCCUUCCUGCUGCGGAGCGUCUCUCGUGUGCGGGACUUCCUGGACCGGCUGGUGGAUGUGGACGAGGAGGAGGAGGCUGGGGGCCCCGCCAGGGCCCUGAUCCCGCGCUCGGCGACGGUUCGAGAAGGCUACCUGCUGAAGCGCAAGGAGGAGCCGGGCGGCCUGGCCCCGCGCUUUGCCUUCAAGAAGCGCUACUUCCGGCUCAGCGCGGACGCGCUCUCCUACGCCAAGAGCCCCGAGUGGCAGACGCGCUCCUCCAUCCCCGUGUCGCACAUCCGCGCCGUGGAGCGCGUGGACGAGGGCGCCUUCCAGCUGCCGCACAUGAUGCAGGUGGUGACGCAGGACGGCGCGGGGGCGCUGCACACCACCUACCUCCAGUGCAAGAACGUGAACGAGCUCAGCCAAUGGCUGUCGGCCCUGCGCAAGGCCAGCGCCCCCAACCCGGACAAGCUGGCCGCCUGCCACCCGGGGGCCUUCCGCAGCGCGCGCUGGACCUGCUGCCUGCGGGCGGAGCGCUCAGCCGCUGGCUGCAGCCGCACACACGCGGCCGUCACCCUGGGGGACUGGAGGGACCCGCUGGAUCCGGAUGCUGAGACCCAGAUGGUGUAUCGGCAGCUGCUCCUGGGGCGGGACCAGCUCAGGAGGAAAUUCCUGGAGAAUUCUAGCGUGGACACAACUCCGGAGGCUGGCACAGCGAAGGGCUCUGGCUCCUUGGAAGGGGCCUGUCCUGAUGCCCUGGCCCGGCAGAAAGCAGCAGCUGCCCGCCUGCUGGAGGUACUUGCGGACCUGGACCGAGCCCAUGAGGAGUUCCAGCAGCAGGAGGAGGGGACGGUGGCCCCUGGCCCCCUCGGGCCCUGAGGGGAUGCCACAGCCACCUGGCCAGAGGAGAAGGAGCUGCUGGGCUCUUCUCAGCGUACCCUGGUCCGGGAGUGCCCUGUGGCUGUCCUGUACCUCAUUGAUGCUGUGGCUUGGGGGCUUCUGGAGAUAGCCUAGUCUCCUGUGCUCUGAGCCCAGAACCUGAGGCAUGGAAGCCCUUUGGCAGGGGCUCAGCCUUGCACUGAAUGAGUCUCACUCUCUGGGUUGAGGCCGACUGGAGAGGAUGGGAUAAGGAACCUAACUCAUUGGGUCUCUGCUUCACCGGACUGGCCUCUGCCUGUGAAGCACUGUGGCACCAGUGAGGCCAGCCUGGCCCUGAGCUGCUGGAUACAGCUGUACCUGAAUCCCUGAUGCCCAUGUGGUCUUGUUGCCCCAGACAAGCACUAAAUGGGCUUAGCCCUCCCUGUUUUCAUGUCUGUCAAUCCCUGUAACAUCACCGAUCCUCCUGAACCCUGCCCUUGGCCGAGGGUCCUAACCGCAAGCUUCCAGAACCAGGUGCCCUCAAGAAGAACUGAGGCUGGGAGCCUAGCGUGCCAGACUCAGAUCCUUGGAGGCUGGGAGACCUUGGGCCAGGCUCUUUCCCUCUCUUUGAGCCUCAGUUUACCCUGUAUAAAAUGAGGAAGGAGUGA